GCCGUCUUGAUCGAGAUAUCGAAAGUUGGAAUCAUAAUUUUGAAGAAUCGAAUGCGCAAGGAAAUUUCUGUCAAUUUUGUGUUCUGCAUGAUUUACGAACAUAAUUUUACUGUUUUGAUUAUAAUUCCGGAGUUGAUAAUUCGAAAUGCGAACGUAGUGAUUGUGCGGGGAAAGUGUUUUAAGAUCUUUAGGCUUGUUAUUUUAAUGUUUUUCUCUUUUCAUAGUAAAAUUAAUAAUGAGGCCAAAUACGCAUAUUAGUCAUCUGCCGAAGAGCACAUGUUUGAAGAAAGAAGAAUGUAUUUGUUGUACGGUGCCGGAAAUGAGGUUUUCAUUCGUAACUACGUGAUUACGUAUUUUUUUGUACGCUGUCAUGACUAUACGCAAUGAAUAACAUGGGCCAUAUACCAGUAGAACAGUGGGCACCACCUUGGACUCAGCUUAAAGUUUUCGGAAAUAAAGACAACUUUGGUAUGGAAUGCACGGUGCCCGAAAAUUGUUUCGAUCGUAGUUUACAGAAGUCUAGAUAUGAUAAUGCAUUGUUUAGAAGUAAUGAAACUAACCCAAAACCAUCCCAAUGCAAAACCCUCUCUCCGUGUAGUGACAAGUCGGGUUUUGAGGCAGAAGUUAUUUGCAUGUCGCCAAACAGUGAUAAAAUAAGUUCCAAAGAUGAAAAUUAUUCUUCUGCUGUUGAAAAUAUUAGUUUUGAUGAAGUCAAAUCAGGUGGUUCGGCUAAUCACUGCCCUCAAGAGUUCCCAUUAGAUUUGCUGGGCAAUAUUUUACCCGAUAUGAACAUUAAGGAAGAACCUAUUGCAGUGCUUGACGUGGGGCAACCGUCUUCCGAGAUCUCGACAACUGAAUGGCCAAAUAAUACUACACCAGCUCAUUUUGACGCACUUAAAGUCGUUUCUGAGCAUCUUGUUGAAAGAAUCAAAUUGGAAGACGUGUGUCAAAAUGGGCCAGGAUAUCCUUUUUGUUUUGGACAAUCUCCGACAGCAACAUCAUUUAAACAUCCAUUCGGCAUUGCUUCGCAAUAUCAAGUGAAUGGUUUCCCGCCGUAUGCAAGUGAAACAAAUAACCCUACUAUUAUUCGUGCAGGUAAUGGUAAUCACAGAGACACUAGUAACAACAGUUUCAACAUAAGUAUGAAUAAUAAUUUGAUGUGCACCACUAUGUUCCUCAUGAAUGAAAGUCUUCAACAAAAUGGACCACAUCAAGCUCAUAAUCCAGUGAGAAAGCAUCAUGACAUAUUUAACAUUGCCUGUGAGAAAGGCUGCAAUUGUGAAACUGCUAAUUCCAUUUUCCGCGCAGGGAAUAGCCUAAUGUUUUCUCCCGACAAGCAUCCUGCCACAUCUAAACAUUUCAUGUCACCAUGUGGCCCUUUGCAGUUAACAGCACAGGAAUGUGGCGAACUGUUGCUGAAGAAAGUGUCUACUGCUGGCAGUAUUAUCGGGCCAGAGACGUUAAACAUGAGUGUUGACAAUCAGAGUCCAGUCGAUGGCAGCAACGUGCAGAGAAAAAGUCGACCACCUGGGAGCAACGUAACUGUAGUUCACCAAGGCACUCUGACUGAAAAUGGGGCUAAAAUCUCACCUUUGCAAGGUCAGAAGUACCGGGUUGCAAAAGAGCGUCCCUUUUCGUGCACAGAGUGUGGGAAGUCAUUCCUCCUGAAGCACCACCUGGUGACCCAUGCCCGCGUUCACACCGGUGAGAGGCCACAUGUCUGCCCAGAGUGUGGGAAGAGCUUCGCCCACAAGCACUGCCUCAGCACGCACCUUCUCCUCCACAGCAGCGACCGCCCCUACAAGUGCAUGGAGUGCAAAAAGUCUUUCACUCUCAAGCACCACUUGGUCACGCACGCCCGGGUCCAUAGCCGGGACCGGCCCUUCGUGUGCCAGGAGUGCGGGCGGACGUUCCCCCAGAAGCGCCACUUGGUGACGCACGGCAAGUUCCACUCGGGUGAGCGCCCGUUCGUCUGUGACGAGUGCGGCGAGUCCUUUGCUCAAAAGGACCACCUGGUGAUGCACUCGCGGUUCCAUGGCGCGCAGCGUGCAUUCGUCUGCCCGGACUGCGGCAGCACCUUCGCUCGGAAGUUCGAGCUGGUGAACCACGGCAGGCUGCAUGGCCGUCUGCCGCACUCGUGCGAGAUAUGCGGGAAGGAGUUUCUCCAGAAGCGCACUCUGCUUGCACACGCCCGCCUGCACAUCGAGGGCGAACGGCCGUUUGUCUGCCAGCACUGUGGUGAGCACUUUGCCCGCAAGUCGGAGCUCACGGAGCAUUCCAGCAUCCACACUGAGGAUACUAAGUUCGUUUGCAGGGAAUGCGGUAAUUGUUUCCCGAACCGCGAGGGCCUGGCGCUGCACUACCGGCUGCACGCGAGCGACCGCAACUUCGUGGCGGACCUCUGCGACCUGGCGACGGCCUUCCAGCAGCCGACCACACACUUCCUCUGCCAGCAGCAGCCGUCACCCGGUGGCAAGGUCUCGGGAGGGGCGUCCGGCUCCGUGGCGGGCUCCGGCCCCAAGCCCAAGCCCCACGUGUGCCCCGACUGCGGGAAGGGCUUCGCGCAGAAACACGGGCUCGCGCAGCACAAUCGCCGGCACCUGGGCGGUGGCUGCGAGAUCCGGCAGCAUGCCUGCGGCAAGUGCGGCAAGGCGUUCUUCCAGAAGAACCACCUGGUUCUUCACGAGCGCCAGCACUUGGAGAACCUGCGGCAGCCGGGACCCCUCGUCGAGUCCAAGGUCUUCGAUUCCCCAGCCAAGAACCACCUGGUGCACCUCGACGCGCUCCGCCAGCCACAGCCCCCGCCCUCCCUUGCAGAGUCGAAGAGCUAUGAUGUCCCCACCUCAACCUCGGGUGAGUAGACAUGCCGACCGAGCCUGAACUUCGAUGUGCUCCGGAAGCUGACCCAAACUUCUUUGACGUUCUCUACGUUGACCUCUAGCGGCGAGUAGACGUGCAGAAGUUCUCCUGUGAAACUGUAGCGGCCAACCACGGCUGAGUUGAAGGGCUUGGACACCCGGGCGAGUUAUCGUGUGGUGAAGUUCGAUGUGCUCCUGCAGUCUCCCUCGUAGUGUGGACUUCGGCCGAGUAGGCAUGCCCAAAAUCCCUUCUCCCCACCCCUUAAACGUAUUUAUUUUUUUAUAGCAGAUGAGUUGUAAUUUUACAUAAUGGCUUGUGUGGCUGCGCUUUUUAGUCACAUUUUGACAAGUUUUAUAUCUGAUUUUUAGAGUUUAUUGAUCACAAUGUGAUACACACUUGUUUAAAUGUGUAAAAAUUAAUGGCUGGAAAAAAGUAUUGUUAAUCUUGCAAGUGUGCAUUAGUUAUCCAGAUGAAUGUUUUUAGCAUUUAAUUUUUUUGUUUCGCUAAGCAUAAUAGGUUAAUGCAUGUACAUAAGAUUGGUGCUGAUAUAUGCUUUCCUUACUGCUUGUACAUUCAGCUGCAUUAGGCAGUGUCGAACCUUAACAGUAUUGCAGAUAUUUUUAAAUAAGUGUACCAGCGAUAUUAAGGACAUAGUUAAUUUUUGAAACAAAUGUUUAAUGCACAGUAUGUUGCUGUUUUUGAAACACAUGCGAGAGAUUCUCUUAGCCAUCCAAAAAUGAUUUUGUUAUUGCUUAUAUAGACAACAACUACAUAAUUGCAGUGUGCACUGGAUGGGUAUAGUCCAAAAUAAAUUAUAAAAAUUACAGUGUUUGCCCGAAUGCAUGACGAGGAUAUUUUACUAAGCUUGAAACUAAAAAAAUCUGAAUAUCUCUUUAUGUUCAAUCAAGUAUUUUGUUGAAAUUAACAAAGUUUGAUAUUUUUUUCCUACCCACCAAUUACAGUAGUUUAAGCUAUAUAAUGAUCAUACAAUUAAAACUAAAAUCAGCAUUAUAUAGUUAAAUGAGUAAACUUUACAUCUGCUUAAGUACAGUCAUCUGUAUAAUAUCUUUUGUUAAUGUUAACAGCUGCUGUGUUUAUUUUGUUCUAAAUGUAACAAACAAACCGAACCAUUGCCAGGUAACAACUUGACAAUAUCGCUUUACAAUAUGAUGGUUAUAAUAUCUACUCAAUGCUAAGGUUUUUGGUUUUUAUUAUUUAUUUACAUACUGACACUUUUGAUUGUUAGAAUGGAAAAUGGUUAAGUGCUACCAAUAAUAUAUUCUCAGCUUAAAGGAAAAUUGUAGGCCUCGUCUUGCAUUUGUGUUAAUCCAGUGUUUAUCUGUGUUGCUGAGUGUAUUAAUGUGUGCUGUGGAUUUGUUUGGCCUUUUUGUUAAGGCUGAAGUCUGUUUAACAUUCCAAUCAGACAGUUAAUGAAGUCUUGCCUUUGAGUUCUGGUUGUGUUCACAUAAUUGUUGUUUGGGGCUUUUAACUGCUUUUAUUUUAAAUUACCUGCAUUUUUCACUUUCAUUUGAUUUCUUUCACCACUGGAAGUCCAUUGUGUGCCAUUUUAGCUGGACUUACAAUAUCCCAUUGCCUUCAUCAGUCAAUCACUUGACCUGCAGCUAGUGAGAUGACUCGAAUAAUGCGCCCGUGCUUCAGUUUGAUGGAUGGCUUAAUUUUGUGGCUUGUUAAAACAGUAAAUUUUUAUCAGAAUACAAGUCCAAGGAGUUACAUUGUGGCUGUUAAAAGUGUUAAAACUCAUGUUCAAACAGUUCCAUCAACACUUGAAUUUUUCUGAGUAUUCGCUAUUCCACAAUGUUCAGGAACACAUUAUAAAUAGUUAACAUCAUGAAGAUAAAUCUCUGAAAAUGAAAACAUGUGUUGUUGGCUGCACUGACUAGGAAAAAUGUGUGGCAAAUGGAUGAAGUUGUGUUAGCUGCAUGGUGCUGACGAAGUCGAUGGGCUAUUGUCAGUCCGGCUUUAGAGAUUACAUUUUGAGUUUGAUCCAAAAUAAAAGGUAAUUUGUUUUAGUUUUUUUUACAAAGGUUGAAAUAUACCACCACUUGUGACGAUUUUAUUUAGUAAAAUAUCGGCUGCUUGCAUGUGUAAGUAAGUCUUUUGUGACUUGAUUUAGCACAUAUUUUUGUGUAAAUGUUUAAAAAUAGUUGAAAAUAUUUCUAUAAUUUUGAGUUUCAUGGUCUCUUAGUCUUGGUCUCGGUCUCAUAGUCUUGAAAUGUUUGGUAAAAAUUUAUAUUCUUUGGUUUACAAAACACAAUUUGGUUGAAACACAUUUAUUUGUUUGUGGCAAAUAUGACAAGCCAGGUUUUAGCCUUAAAAGAAUGUUGGAAUAUCAUAAUGUUAAAUGAAAAGAAAACAUUUUUAAUAAAAAAUUUGAUAGUAUAUAACAAUAACACUGUAAUUUGAAAUCAUUUUAUAUCAGAAGCAAAUUCAGCAGGAAAAUAGAUUUUCAACAUGCAUUAAAUAUAUUGGUAAUUUGUAGCAUAGCACUGAGACUUUUGUGAUAGUGAAAUUCUUGCCAACAUUUCAGUGAAGUGUACCAACAGCUGUGCAGUUCACCAUGUUGCAGAACCAGUUUUUAUGAUCAGGCAUGGCCUUGUUGCAAUACGAUUUGCAAAGUUAAAGAACUUUGGUAAUUGCAUUUUUCAGCACAGCCAAAAUAGUAAUCAAAAUUAAUAGUGGUGUUAUGUUUUUUUAGGCCUGGGUAAAGCUGACAAAAAUAGCAAAUAUUUUAUUAAUGUGUGUGUGAUGGCUUUGUUCUUUAUUAAAGUGUGUGUGGUGGUUUUGUUUGUUGUAAUACAUCAUCGGUAAAUGAAUAUAAUAGUUCAAGAUGGCAGCUACUUCUAAUGAGUCUAAUUAAUAGACAUAUAAUGACACACUGUUUACAUAUUGGUAACUAUGAGUUCAUGUAUAUUUUUUUUAAAUUAUAGGAUUUAUUUAUUGGUUUUCUAGAAAUAAAAUUAGUUAGCCAAUGUGUACUGUAAGCCUGCUGGUGUUUUUUUUUGUGUACGAGUUUUGCAUUGCUCCUGCAAUGGAGAAUUCCAUUCAGAAAGAUCAUUUAUUUUUCGGGAAAAGAUUUUGAAAACAGCUCUGCUUCAAAACACUAUAGCUACUUUAUUUUGUGAUUAAGUCGAGUUUCUCUCGGGCACAAAUCCACUGUCCGCACACAAAUCGCUGCAAUUUUGUGUGGAAGCAAAAACGUCAUCAGAUAAGGUGAUGGUGUCUCUUGCGGUUGGCUGCCAGUCACAGGGAAAACACCGCUGGCGUGGGCAUACUUAAUUGCAGUCUAACAAGCUGUCAGGUUCCUCCCCCCCCAAACACGAAAAAUACCCACCCUACCCAUUAGUAUUUGUACAUACCAAGAAAAACUGUGCAUUUAUCUCUUAACUUCAUAAACUUUUUGUGAGAUUAUCGUUUAUUAUUAAUUGGUUUUUUUUUGUAAAUGGCACAUUUUCUCAUGAGUUUUUACUGGACCCCAAUUUUUUCUCUUAAUGUUAAUUUAAUCUGCUCGUGUAGUGUGAAAGAAAUUUUGGUUCAAAUUAUGUUGCUAAAGGAUUAACCAUAAUGUAAUUUAAUAAAUCCAGACAAAUAGAGUUUUAUAGAAGUGUUUUUACGUAACAGUGGAGAUGGGGUGUGUAUAUAAAUAUGUUUAUACUUUAUAUAUUUUAUGAGUGUUUUAGCAUUAUUUUUAAAAAUAAUGAGCAAGUUAUGUGGAUUGACUCAUGUAUGCUAGGUCAUAAGGCAGUUAGUUCUCUGCGACUGAACUACAAACGUUAGGAAAUCUCAGGGUUGAUUUGAAGUAUUGUCUUGUUGAUGGCUUAUAGAUUUUAUUAAAAUGAUUUUUAUAAUUUUUGAAGAAAAAUAAAAGAACUAAAUUUAUAUUUUGUUUCUCUUUUCGUGUCAAAAGGAGAUUUUGUGUGUUGUUGGUGUUUAAGGAAUUUGAUUGUGUGGUGAAGCCUUUAUACAAUUUUAUUUUUGACAUCAUAAUUUUCAUAGCUCUUUAUUAUUAAAUUUCUUAAAAUAUAAAAAGAAUCUUACAAAACUUCCUGCUGUUAUAGAAAAACUGCAAUCAUUCAGUGUUCUAUUGUUAGGGUCUGCAAAAAAUGGCGUACUGUGAAAUUUGCGAAAAAUUACAAAAUUCGGCUGUUUUUAAAGUUUUCCCCUAAAUUAAUUUUUUUUUUGUGGAAGUACAAAGUUUGGAGGAAAUAAAGCUGUUUCAGUGAGUUUUUCGACACCACUUCUGAAAACGCAAUGUGGAAAACAUCACACGGUACGUCAUAUAUUUGUAACGCAGAAAACUAUUUUCAAUAAGUUGACGGAAGUAUUUCAAUAACUUGAACAUAGUGUUUUUUUCUACUACAGCACCAAUUGAUAUUUUUUAAGAACGCUUCUAACGCAAUACUUUGCUCUUUGUGUUGUGUGUACAAAACAAAGGUAAACAUCUUGUAUCUUCAUAUCUUUGGGUAUUUAGUGUAAAUUCAGGAUGGCCUUGUAUACUAUGACAGAAGCUACUACACAUUUUAUAUUUAUAGGUACAUAGGUUUACAUAAAAUUUCUUAUAUUACCUGAUGUAACAUAAAAAAAACAGGUAGUUUUUCAGAUGAAGAAAAUUUUAUUUCCUGGGAAACUUUCAAAAAAUUUGUUAUGUAUGGAAAUAACCUAUUUUCACUUUUAUUAACACUUUACAUUUUUAUAAUUUAGGCCAAGAAAUAAUUGUUAAUGGUAUGAGAAAACAUGGUACAAUGUGUUUUACGUACCUUUUGUGCCGUUCCUUUGCUUAUGUUUACUGUAGAAAUGUACGCAUUUUUUAGGUUUUGCACUGUGUAUACCAAAUGAUAAGAGUUGGUUUACUGUUUAAUUUAGUCCCUACCAUCUGUAUUAAUGAUUUGACAUUAAGAUAUUUUAGUUUUUUGGUUGAAUUUCAUGAAAAUUGUAGAGAUUCUCACAUGUAUUUUUGAUCUUUAAUUCUGAAGAAAAGUCUUUUUUCUAGGGAGGGGGGAGGAGAGAAAACCCUAAGUGGUUUUUUUCCCCCCCAGAUGUUAUCCAACAUUCUCGAAAGGAACGCUGCAAUACUUCAAGUAAUUUACCAAUUUAAUGAGUGGUAUACAUAAGCUCACUGGACAAAAAAUGAGCCACCCAUGGAGAAAUCAUUUAAUACCUUUGAUCAUGCAAUUUCACCAAAAUGCAAGGAUGCUGAUGUCUGCAUUUUACCCGCUGUUCCAGCAUGGCCCCCAGAUUUUCAAUGGGGUUCAGGUUGUAGGUUAGUUGAGAUGUAAUAGGGUGGGGGAAUGUUCAUAAAACUAUUCAUGCGUCCAGCUCGAUGAACUUUGCUGUUUCAUCUUGAAAAGUCUGAGUAUACUCAUCAUGUAGAUGUUGACCAUUCUGGUUCAUGUUAGUGGUCCACGUUCAAUGAUUUAUAGCCCAUUGAAGACGUGCAGCUUUAAUUGUUUGUGAGCAGGCCUCUUGCCAGGUGACCGAUUUCAAAUGUUCAUUGCAUGCAGUUCCUGUCGCAAUGUUCUCUUGCUAACAGGUUGGGAUGGACCUUCAUUCACUGACUGCAGCAAUUCCUGUUCGGUUUGGAAGCAAUUUUGAUUCACAAACCAUGAAAUGCAUCUCUGAUGCCUCUCUGUCAGGAUCUUUUUCUGACCGUAAUUCUGAUUUCAUGUUCUGUGGCCACAUGUAGUACACCACUGCAUGUAGACACAUUGACCAGUCUGCUGCGAAACACCUACAAAUCCAGCAACUUCAUUCACAGUAUGGCCAUGGGCACUGCCAAACACAAUUGCCCCUUUUUGCCACUCUGUCACAUCCUUACAUCUACCCACGUUGACGUACACUGUCGUCCUCUUGAAACAUCAAUGUCUCACUGAUUGCUACUGCCUUACGCCCUUAUGCCACAUCACGUAUAGGCAGUGUGUGUGCGGUUGAGCACGGGACUUGUUCAUUGAGACACCUGGACAGUUUUGACGAUCCAUGUGUGCAUGCGCACUAGGGUGACUUAUUUUUUUGUCUGUGAGCUUAUAUUGCAAAUACAGUAAAACCUCGUUUAUCCGGCCCUCUUUGAUCCGUAUCUUCGGAUAAUCAAAAUUAUAUUUGUAUACAUUUUGUUUAUUGUAAACAUAACUAUUUUUGGUUUUAUUCAAUGUACAGUUCCUGGAUAGAGAAUGAUGUGAAAAGUAAUUUUUAUGAAAAUGGCCGGUUAGGUUUGUUUAGCUAUAUUCAAAAUUCUUAAAAAAUAGUGUUUUUGGUUAGGUUACGUUAGCUCCAUUUAAAAUACUUUAAAUCAGUGUGGAUGGUUGAUGAGGUUUUGUUUAGCUACAUUAAAAAUACUGUACUGUAAAAUCUAUAUGAAUUACCAAUUUAAAAUGUAUCUAGGUAACUUUAACCAGCCAUCCUUACUAGUAUAUACAUAGUAAUUUUAUUGUAUCUAACCUAACUACUUAUUAAAAUGGUAAACUACUGUAAGUAUCCCUCCUAAAGAAUGAUUGAAAAGAAAGUCAGGAAGUGAAAAAAAGUAUUUUAGAGUUUUAAUUUUUGUUACGGAAUAGAGGCUAUUUCUUCAGAAUUGGCAAAAAUUGUUUAGUUUCAGUUCAUAGGGCCCUGAAUACAAAAAAGAGUAAAAGCUCAAAAUUAACAUUUGAUACAUAAUUUUAGAACUAACAAAAUUUUACAUAGAUUUUUUUGCACUGCUUUAAUUUUUGGUACCUACCAAUUAUUUGCAUCGCUGUUGCUUUAUUUUAACACCACUUUUAAAGGCAGCAUUUUGACCUGCAUUUCAGCCCCUAUCACACAGUACCUUGCCUGAAAGGAACACAAAUUUUGGUAAUUGAUUAGUAGGGGAGGGGGUACAUGUGGACAGAUUUGACUCAAUAAUAGAAUUGUUUCUACUAUUCAUUAAAUAUAGUAUUAGUUGCAGUGGGCAGUACUAUAAGUGUGUUAGCUUGGCCUCACCUACUCAGAUUACACUUAUAAUUACAUACUUUGUCGCUGAGAAAUUAUUUUGUCAAACUGAGUUUUUUGUCCACAUGUACCCCAUGCUGGGGCACUUGUGAACAAAUGCGGGGCAGCUGUGGAUGCUGCUUAUGAGACUGACAACUUGAAAUAAAAUGACACAUUGCUAUGGAAAUUAUUAACAAUUAUUGGAUUUUUAAUUUAGCAAACAUAGAAAUUAAAAAUUGUAGGACUAUAAAAAUAUGCACAUAUUAAGUUUAAAUUCAUUCCAUUUAUGCCUACAUUCUUAACUACAACUGCACUAAUAAACAAAACCAUGAAGAUAAAUGGUUUUUUUAAUUUCUGUUCUUAACCCACGUUGUAGCUAUCAAUGUCAAUUGAAAAUGUUAGAAAGCCACUUGCUCGCAUUGUGCCACCAAUUAAACCUUUGGCAAUUUAAUGACGUCCUUUAUGAGCACUUCACUUUUGUCAUCUAUUUUCUUGACCAACAUAAUGUUUAACAAUUUUUUUAGAUAGAAAUUUUAUUAGAACAUAGUCAUUCACUUUAAUUUCACCUGAACAUCCAUCUGAAUCUAUAACAUGAUUGUCACUUUCAUUUUAGCUGGGGCUGUCAAAUGCUGUGUUAUCAGUCAGUCAAGUCAUCUUCAUUUGAUUUAAGUUUUGAUCUGCUAGGAAAAUUAGUUUUGAUUGUUUGAUUAUUUUUACUGCAUCUUUUCUUAGUAGUUCUUGAAUUGCCCUUGUCUUUUUCCUGUAGGCAUAGGAAUUAUUCUUCCAAGUCUAAUUUUCUCGGCGUGUCAGCCAAUACCGUAGAUUUUCUUUGUCUCUUAGAAGUUUUUGAUUUUUGUCUGUCUGCCUUUGGCAAUGGUCUAACCAUUUCUGGUGACAAUGUUUGUACAGACCUUCUAGUUCCGCUGAUCAGUUGAGAAAAAGUACGCCUACAGUUUUCGUUUGAUGCUGUUGAAGCAAAAUCAGAAACUUUAUAGCAUUGAUUUGAAGGGGAUGGAUGAAUAGCUUUCACAAAGCCCGGAUUGUUGUCUGGAUGAGAAGAACAAGUCGCUGCGCUUGACUGAAUGGAAGUAGGAUCUGGAGAAAUUCUUAUACUUGAAGUGGAAGACUAAAUCUUUGACUCAACUGAAGCAAGAUCAAGACAAAUUUGAGUACUUGAAGGCCCAGGAAUGGUUGAUUUUUCCAAAUUACGAUCAGCAGACAUACUUUUCAUGUGUAGCUCAGUAACAUUGGAAGGCAUGAAGUCUUCGUCAGUAAAAACAUCCCUAUUCAAAAGGAAAAUUCCUAACUUAUCAAAACCAGCACAAAUGUUAUUUUGUGAGAAUGAUUCAAUGUAGGGUUUUGCACUCAAAUAACCAAUGUUGUAAAUGGUAAUCAGCUUUCCGGGAUUAGGAGCCAUCCAGGAAUUGAAUGCAGUAUUGCACCUAGACUUAAAAGGACCAAAAACUGCUAUAUCAAGGGGCUGGAUUCGGUGGGUGCAAUGUGGAGGAAAUGUUAAUAGAACUAUUCCUUUUUCUCUAUUGAAUAAAACUAAAUCAAGACUUGUGUGAGAGUCAUGAUUGUCAAGAAGAACCAGAAUUGGAUUUUCUUUGGAAGCUGCAGUGACCUUUUGAAUGUGUUUCAUAAUCUGCAGAAAACCGUCUCUUGUCAUCCAUCCAUUUUGGAUUGCCAAGCCGAUGCUAUCUGGAGGAGAUCCUGUGAGGAACACUUCCUUGAAACAAACUCUAGGAAAUAUGUACACUGGAGGGAAAGCUUCGCCUGCCGCUGAAACUAUUCCCACAAAAGUGACUUGCUCACCCCUCUCACCAGACACUGUUCGGCCCACUUGUUUGCAGCCAGUUGGAGCAACCACUUUAGGAGCUAGUAAGACAGUGCUGAUUCCACUUUCAUCAACAUUGAUGAUCCUGCUGGUACUAUAUUUGUGUUUGGUUAACAUCUUAUCUAAAUUAUCAAAAAAUGAACUAAUAUUAUAUUGAUUGAAACUGAUAUUUCUGCCAAUAUUGGUCGUCUCUGGUUUAUGAAGAGAUAAAGCAGGAUGAUGUUUCAUAAAUGACUUCAUCCAGUCAGUCCCAGCCAUUUUCAGUGUUGUGCAGUUGUUCGGUAGAGGACGACAUAGCUUAACAGCAUAAAAGAAUUUAUGCAAAUUCUUGGAUUUGAAGAUAUGUGAGCCCAUACUGCAUUUUAGAUGACUGAAUAAGGUACUCUUCUAAGAGAGCUUCCUCUUUUGUAAAUAUUUGCCUACUUGUGUAUUUUGAAUCAUAGGCAUGUCUUCUUUCUUCAUUUUUAUGUGAAGUAGUUCCUGGUACAUUUACACAAGUUUGACCGUCUUCACUAGUUGCUUUCAUUUUUGAUAUUCUUUUGUGUAGCAUUGAUUUUGUUAUAUCAUACUUUGCAGCUGCUGAUCGGAUAGAAGCACCUCCUUAUAUUUCUUCAAUUGCUUUUGAUAUAUUGUAUUCAAGAAUUUCUGCACGGCUGGUUUUUCAUUUAUAUGUUCGUACCAUUUUUAUUCACUGAAAAAUAAGAUAAAA